UCUGCCGUUCUUCGUUUCAUCUCUUUAUUUAGUAUUUCCUCGCUAACUAAUUAAAACGUUGACUAGCAGAUGGCGGAGAGGCAGCUGAUCGUGGCCGUGGAGGGCACCGCCGCCAUGUCUCCCUACUGGCAAUCCAUCCUCUCUGAUUACCUUGAAAAGAUUAUCAGGUCUUUCUGUAGUAACGAAUCGGCCGGGCAGAAGAAUUCUCCAUCAAAUGUUGAGCUUUCAUUGAUCACAUUAAACGCGCAUGGAUCAUACUGGGCUUUUCUAGUACAACGUAGUGGGUGGACAAAAGAUGUUGAUAUUUUCUUACAAUGGCUGUCAGCCUUAACUUUUUCUGGUGGUGGUUUUAAUGAUGCUGCAAUUGCUGAAGGCCUUUCUGAAGCAUUAAUGAUGUUUCCUAUUGUUGCAAAUGGAAAUCAAAGCCAUCAAAUUGUUGAUGGGAAAAGACAUUGCAUUCUUGUUGCUGCCAGUAAUCCUUAUCCUUUGCCUACACCAGUCUAUCGACCACAGACUCAAAACUUGGAGCAAAGAGAAAAUGCGGAAUCACAGAUAGAGAGUCGUCUGUCUGAUGCUGAGACAGUAGCUAAAUCAUUUCCUCAGUGUUCUGUUUCUCUAUCUGUGAUAUGUCCGAAGCAACUUUCAAAGCUAAAAGCAAUCUACAUGGCUGGAAAGAGAAACCCCAGUGCACCAGAUCCACCAUUCGGAAAUGUUAGAAACUCUCAGUUCCUUGUUCUCAUUUCAGAAAAUUUUAUGGAGGGUCGUGCUGCUUUAAGUCUCCCUGGAGUUCCAAGUUUGGCACCCAACCAGAGUCUUGUGAAAAUGGACAUGGCUCCUGCCACUUCGGUUGCGGAGAUGCCUCCAACUUCUGUUCCAUCAGGAGCUGUUAGAGGGACUACACAGGUUCCAGAAAACUCAAGUCUUAAUCCAUUUGCUUCUGCAACUUCUAAUGUCGCUGGAAGCUCAAACAUUGGAAUUUCUCAGCAAAUGGGUAAUGUUCAAGGAGCGGUGAGUAUGGGCCGGUCAGUACCCUGCAGCAUGAGCCAAGGAAACCUUGCAGGAGCACAAUUGGUACAAAUUGGUGUUGGCAUGAUCCAGAGCAUGAGUGGUCUUGGUCCAUCAAACUUUUCUUCUGGAACCAGUGCGACGAUUCCAACUCCAGGAAUGUCUCAACCGGUACAAUCUGGAAUGCAGACACAUGGAGUGAACAACAGUUCAUCUGCGAGUUCCAAAUAUAUUAAAGUGUGGGAGGGAAAUUUAUGUGGCCCAAGGCACGGAAUGCCAGUGUUCAUCACUAGAUUGGAAGUACGCUAUCAAACAUCUGAUGAUAAUUUUGCUUCAAAUAUACCACAUUUUCAUUUUUGUUCGUCAUCUUAUUUUCAUUUAUGUUUUUUUAUUAAUGGCUUGCAUCUCUUCAUUAACCACACAUCUGACAUCGGAGCUAUUUUAUUCUCAAAUUCUAAUUUGGUGUGUAAAGCUUUAGCUUUAAAUAUUUGUUUCUGGGUUAUCAUCGUGCACCAGCUUCUGUGAGGUAAGUAUAUGUUUAAUUUGUGUGGCUUGUGAAUUUUUUUUUGUUCGCAGAGGAAAUUAUAAUUGAUAAAAAUGCUUUCGU